GCAGGCGCCAUUGGAUCCCCGGUGGCCACCGCAGCGACGGUGCCUCUCCAAAGCCAGAGCUUGAGGAGGGCGGAGCCGGAGGCAGCGAGGCCCGAGCCCAGGAGCACCGCGUGGGAGGAUCGCGCAGGGCCGGGCGAGGGUGCAGGCGGUGCACCGGCCGUGCGGGACGCGGUGCUGCCGGUUGCAAGGCUGCGUAGAGCCCUGGCGGGUGCGCGAGGCAGCGAGGGGCAGAGCGGGGCGCAGGGCGGUGCACUGGGCGGUGCACGGGAGGUGCAGGGCUCUGGGCAUUGCACGGGGGGUGCAGGGCUGGGGGCGGUGCAUAGGGGCGGUGCGGGGCGCAGGGCAGCUGACGGCGUCACCGGGCGGGAGCAGCGCGCGCUCCGCCUCGCCAGCCACCGCAUCGCCGCGCUCAGCGGGUCCGGAGCAGCGCCUGGAGACGUGCCGCGCGGAGCCGGCUCUCCCCAGGCACCUCGUGGUCACUAGCGGAGCUUCUGAAGCAACAUGCCGGAACAGAGCAAUGACUACCGGGUGGCCGUGUUCGGGGCAGGUGGCGUUGGCAAGAGCUCCCUGGUUUUGAGGUUUGUGAAAGGGACCUUCAGGGAGAGCUACAUCCCGACUGUGGAAGACACCUAUCGGCAGGUGAUCAGCUGUGACAAGAGCAUAUGCACGCUGCAGAUCACCGACACGACCGGCAGCCACCAGUUCCCCGCCAUGCAGCGGCUCUCCAUCUCCAAGGGCCACGCCUUCAUCCUGGUCUACUCCAUCACCAGCCGGCAGUCCCUGGAGGAACUCAAGCCCAUCUAUGAGCAGAUCUGUGAGAUCAAGGGGGAUGUGGACAGCAUCCCCAUCAUGCUGGUGGGGAACAAGUGUGAUGAGAGCCCCAACCGGGAGGUGCAGAGCAGCGAGGCCGAGGCCCUGGCGCGCACGUGGAAGUGCGCCUUCAUGGAGACGUCGGCCAAGCUCAACCACAACGUCAAGGAGCUCUUCCAGGAGCUGCUCAACCUGGAGAAGCGCAGGACCGUGAGCCUCCAGAUCGACGGCAAGAAGAGCAAGCAGCAGAAGCGGAAGGAGAAGCUCAAGGGCAAGUGUGUGGUCAUGUGAGGGGCCUUGGCACGGAAGAAGCUGCUGCCCUUAGGGCCCCUCCCCCCGCCCCUCCCCCCCGUGAACCCCAUCGUUGUCAGGGCAGCAUGUCUGAUGCCCACGUGUUAAACACUGCAUUUGGCUGUGACACCCUGCAAUGUCCUCAAGAGGCGUUCCGUGCACCCCAUCAGCCCACCCCUCAGGAGGUGCGGAGUCCGCCAUGCUCUCGGCGUGCUAGGAAGCCGAGGCCGGUCCUGAGCGGGCUCCAGCCAUUGGAAGGCGAGGGGACUCAGAGCUGCGGACACAGGAGACGUUGAGAGUAGUGGGUAAAGCAUGUGCGUGUGACAACAGGUUAGCCCAGAGCCACUGGUACCAUCCCACAUCAGGCAACCUAGUUCCGAAGCCGCUGACAUCUCAGGGGAGGAGCAGACAGUUAAAGGAGGCGAGAAACUGGCCGGUCCAGCGUGGACCUGUGUGCCUCAGUGGUUCCCGUUGAUGCAUUUUAGUGGCAUUAAAGAUAAAACACCAUAGCCCCCUCCAAGUGAUCCUCACGCCAUUCCUACUGACACACUGGGGGAGGGGGGAUGCUGACACUUCCUCAAAGCCUUCUUAGCAAGUUCCGUGUCAGCCUGUCAGUGGUACACACACUUCCUGCGCAAUGCCAAGGCCACUUGUGGCAUGAGGCUGUGUCAGCACUUCUUUCGUUUUUUUGAGUCAGGACAUUGUGACAUCAUGCAAACAUCGCAAUAACGCCCGUGUGUGUGUGUGUGUGUGUGUGUGUGUAUGUGUGUGUGUGUAUGUGUGUGUGUGUGUUAUACUUUGAAGGUUCUAGAAACUCGAAUUUUCUUUCUUUUGACCUUGGAGGGUUGCCACUUCCUCCAGCCCUCAGAUUUUUAAAUAAAAGCCAAUAAAGUAGGCAUUUUUUAGACUUCCCCCUCCCCCUCCCCCAAGAUGGUUUUCUUGUCUUAAAUAACUCCACGUGUACCCAGCUGGGAAACAGCCAACCAGGAGCGUCGGAUAACCAGAAGCACAUCCAUUUUUCUAAGUGACAAGGGCGUGUAGGUGCUACGCGUUGCACCUUCAUGGAAUACUUUGAAACAGACGCUGUUUGCUGUGUUUUUAAGGAUCUCUCUAUACUGGAAGUAGACUGCUAGGAAAUGCAUUUAAUCACUAGUAAAUUUUCUCCUGGCUCCUUGCUAAACGUCCUGAAGAGUUCCUCAGUGCAGCAAGCGUCUCCCAAGGACUGUGCAUGCACCCUGGAAUCUUCUGAACCAAACCAUAGCCACUGCUUGAGGGUCAGCCACUGAGGUGGCUGCAGAUAGCCUGGUCUCUCCUUUCUGGGCACAGUGCCCCCAGCUUAGUCUAACUUGCUUGCUCUCCUGGAGUCUGGCUGAGUUUUGAUUCUUGAGAGUUCUUACUUCCACAGCCAACAGGAAGGCACUCCUGUUUCACCGAGUAGGACAAACCCAUGCUAGCCUCAGUGCUGGAGCAUUCUCUCAGCCCUCCUGCCACUGACCGGUCAGCAGGGAGAGGAAGCUGCAGCGCUGUGGGUCUAUACAGUUGUCUAAUGACCACUGGGCAGAGGUCCCUGUGCUGGUGUGGUGUGGUAGCCCUCUUGCUCCAUCAAUGUCUCCGAAGCACACUGUGUUCAGACACCCUCAUUUCCUUCAGUUGCCUUGUCUGGUCUGGCCCCCUCUGCUCUGUCAGUUAUAACGUACCCUGGUGAUAUGUGGAGGGCCAGGGAGGUCCCUCAGAAAUUUGUAUGGCUCAGUGAUCUUGCCAUCCCCAGGGACUUCUAGAACAAAAGCCUUGGCGCUACCUGGGUAAGCAGGCCCAAAGAGAAAUGAGGAAGCCCAGGAGCCAGCCAAGAGCUGAAAUUACUUGUGCCCAUUCCAGACCCUCUCUGAGCCUCUUCUAUCAGCUCCUUCUGUUCCCAAAGGCCAUUCUCUAGCACAGUAAGAUUGAGUUGUGGAAUUUUCUGGAAUGUCUUUAAUUUGCUGUUCCAUUUAUUUCUAUUUCUGUUCUCAGAGAAAAUUAUCACCUUGUCAUUUAGGUGCAGAAAUAGUGAAGGAAAGACACGACUCUCUGGCUGAUAUGAUAUAUAUCAUAUAUAUCGCAUGUAUAUAUCCAUAUAUAUGAUAUAAGUUUGUGGCGAUCCCUUCUCGUGAAGUAAAAUCCUGUUUAUCACAGCAAGUGUAGCCAGGCUUUAGACGUGAGCGUUUCUACAAGCUUCCCUGCUCCUGGUGACCACACGUCAGGGCUCCUUCAGCCCUUUGUUGUUUUGGUCUCCAUUGACAUGAGCAUCUUGCAGGCACCGUUCACAGUCUUUGUUCCUUUCUGUUCUGCCUGUGCACUGAGGGGGUGGGAGGUCAGGAAGCCUUCCUCCCUGGCUUCCUUCAGACACUCCUUCUGUAGAUGAGGCUCCACACUCGCAAACUUCCCUCUGACUCAGGGGCUGAGUACACAGUACUACUGGGCCAAUGGCUUUCAGCUUGGCUUUGGUCCCACCCCAUGUCACGAAGCUGAGGUUCUUGGUGACAUCCUACACUGCACAUGGGACUGGACACUUGUGACCCAGCCCCAGCUCGUUAUAAAACUUGAAAUAUUGCUUUGAAGAUGGCACUCUGGGGUUAAGCACGGGGCUCCAUGAGUUCCCUAAUCCCCACUGGUCCCCUCUCCAUUCAGUGACAAGCCAUGGGCACGCAUCCAAUGCAUCAAGUCCAACACAAGAGCAAUAUCCAAUUGUCCAAUAGAUCCAAAAUUAUAUAUAUAUAUUAUGUAAUUUACCUUCCUGCACUUUUGAAGUAUAAAGUAGUAAAUUGUACAUAUCUAUCUCUAUAUAUCCAUACGCUAGUAUAUCUGUUUCACUGUUUGUAAUACUUGAGAAUUGCUCAUUCUUUGUAGAACAAAACAAAUGUAUUAAAUAUUUUAAAAUUGCUCUGUGAUAUUCCUCCCUGCCCUGAGUUUGUAAAGUGUCGCUCCUACACAAGCUGUCUGGAAACAUCCAAAGCCAAAGGGGCACGUGGAACUCCUACAAGCCCCAUCCUGGGAUUCAGUUACCCACAACGACUUUGUGUCAAUCAGAUAUCUGCAGAGAGUGAUCACUGGCAUGUGAGAUGCACUGGCACAUGCUCCCGGUUCAGGCACUUGCUGUUCCGGUUCCAUUCUCGGUUAUGUCUGAUGUACUUUAUGGUUAUAAAGAUAACCUCUCACAGGUUCUAGUUGCAGGAUGGCCCCGGCCCAUUGAACCAGUUACAAUAAAGCUCAGUUACCACA